AUGUGGCAGCACUUGAUUGAAGCGGCAGACAGAUAUGAUCUCCCAAGGCUGACACUGAUUUGUGAACAAGAGUUGUGUGCAUACAUCAACACAAGCACGGUGGCAACUAUUCUUGCGCUAGCUGAGCAGCACCAUUGCCGAGUGCUCAAGGAGGCGUGCUUGGAUUUCCUCAAGUCUCCUACCAAUCUACAGGAAGUAAUGGCGCUCGACGGCUUGGACCAUUUGGUUAGUAGGUGCCCCUCUGUUUUGAAAGAUGCCAUUAGGAAGCUGAACACUGGGGAUUCCACUGCAUUUGCUCAGCCGACUUUUGUGGUGCCAAAAUCUGAUAUGCACCUGGAAUUUUUGUCUCUCCUCGAGUCCAAAGAGAGAACGGAUGUGACAUUUCAGAAGAGAAAACAGGGAGAGAGAAAUGAUGGCGAUGCUAAUGUGAUGUGGCAGCAGUUGCUUGUGGCAGCAGAUAGGUAUGGUGUCCAGGGGCUGAGGCUGGCGUGCGAAAGAAGGUUGGGCAGCUACAUCAACACGAACACAGUGGCUACCAUCCUUGCGCUAGCUGAGCAGCACCACUGCCGGCGCCUCAAGGAGGAAUGCUUGGACUUCCCUGCUCAUCUCAAACAAGUUAUGGCGGUCGGUGGUUUGGACCAUCUGAGAAGCAUCUGCCCGUCUGUCCUGAUAGACCUCGUCGCCAAGCUCACGGCACUUAAGCAUAAUAGAUAA